UCAAAAUUGUACUAAAUUUCUUAUUCUAGUGGUCCAUUUCCGGAUGGAAUGGAAUUCCAGUGACUCUACUGUGAAGCAUAUGUUGGAGGAACUACAAAACAUUGAAAAGACUGCAAUAGAUGAACCAAAGGAUUUGAUCAUCAUUGAAAAUGGCUGAACAACUGUAUUGGUCAUAACAACUACACUCAUUUCUUUAUCUUAGUUGCUUUGGUAUCAGUAUCAGGGUACUUCAUUAUAGUUGCGUACAGUACAUGCUUGGCCAGAAUUACUCGAAUAUCGUACGCAAGGGAGUUAUUAACUCUAAGAAUUUACCUCUCACUAUUUCUCUUGCUAAAAACAGUGAAAACCCUGCUUCUGACUCUGCUAUUCGGCUUCCACAUUUAUCUAAAACUCAAAGGAACAACAACUUUCAACAUCCUAAGGAAGGACAAACAGGUUUGGCCUGAAAAGGACAAAUACUUCCACCAAGGAAUUGAGCGACAAAGGAAGAGAAUCAUCAGUGACCAAUCUGUGCUCCCUCUAAAUAUCCCUGAUGAGCUAGAACAUAAUCUAACUCAGCAAGCAAAAGGAACUAAAAUUAUAAGCCAAAAUGAUAUUCUCAAGAACUAUCAUACUUCUAAAAGAGCAGAAAGAGGAAUUCAGCCCAAAAGUUUCAAAAAAUAUCCUGGGCAUCCUCAAAUCAGUGAUUACGAUGAUAAAGAAGAAGAGAAAAGAAAUAAUCAAACCAUACUUGAUCUCACUGCCCAAAGCUACAUUUCGAAAGCAUAAAAAGCCAUUUGUCUCUGUUCAAUCCUG